UCGAGACAUUCUUGUAAACAAACCGAAGAAUCCAAAACAGUGUGGUUGGAACUAAAUUUUUAAGUUUUUAACGGCUCUCUUAUCAGCCAAAAUGGCAGAAUCAGACCCAAUGACCAUGUCAAAGAUAAAUUACUACUGUAGGGAAAAGUACUACAGUCAUAUGGAAAAUGUGGCCUCAGAAAGUCUUCAGAAGUUUGGUAGUGAUCCAGUUCUUAAAUUCUUUGUAGCAUUCGCAAAGAUUCUUCAAGGACGAUAUCAAGAAGGUAUACGUGAGCUAGAUGCGUUAAAAGACAAGAGGGAUGUUAAUGUUUGUUCAAUUAUGGCUCUCAUGUUUGCCCAUAAAAAUAGCCCAACAGUUGAUAAAGAGGCUGUAUUAGAAUUAGAUGCAAAGUUAAAAGAAGAAAGAAAACAAGCAGGAGAACUGGGUCUUUAUUUUGCUGGCUUAUUUCUCUUUCAAGUUGGAAAAGUAGACAAAUCAAGAGAAUACAUAGACAGAAUGCUUAAAAUGAAUAUGGAAUCCAAAUUAGGUUUAGUGCUAAAAGGAUGGAUAGAGUUAUCUAGUGGAAGAGAUAUUAAAAAAUCACUCAAAUAUUUUGAAGAUGCCAUGAAUAUUGAUGGUAAUAAAGAUAUAGAUGCCUUAUUCGGUAAAUCAAGAUUUUUAGAAUCCAGACGUAAUUAUAGUGGAGCUCUAGAAGUAGUUAAUCAGAUAGUUGUAACUUUUCCUACCUUUACGCCAGCUCUUGUUGAAAAAAUGAGGUUACAACUUGCUUUACAAGAUUGGGAACAAACAAUUGAAACGGCUCAAAGGGCAAUAGAUCAAGACUUUCAUUGUAUUGAGGCGAUGAAAUAUCAGGUUCUGGCAUUGAUGUGUAGAGAUGGAAAUUUUUCAGAGGCAAGUACAAAGAUAGGUGAUUUAAUCACGUCUGCAGAUAGAUACGAAAGUCACAAUCCACAGCUUUACUGUUAUAUGGCACAAGUCUUUAGUCGUUUGUGUGGUCGUAAUUCCUUGAUUCUACAACAGACAUAUACACUAACAGAGAGAGCUGUCAGUAUUGAUAGUAAUAAUGCUGAUUACGUUAAUGAACUAGGGUAUCAGUUAUUACUACAGGGCAAGGUUAAAGAUGCUAUGAGAUGUUACAGAAAUGCUAUGAAAUUAGAUGAAACAAGUGUUCCUUCUCUAACUGGUAUUAUUAGAUGUCAACUAUUGGAGAAUCAGCUAGAUGAUGCAGCUCAACAACUUGAAUUCUUAACAGAGAUUCAACAAAGUAUUGGUAGAUUGGCAGAACUGUCAUAUCUCAGUGCCAUUCUUGCACAGAAGAAGAAUCAAGGACCAGAAAAAGUGACAGAAUUAUUAAAUGAUUGUAUUGAAGUACAUUUUGCUGGUCUUAAGGGUUUGCCUCUUGGGGUACAGUAUUUUUUCUUAAUGAAUCCUGAUUUUCUACUACAAGUUAUGAAAGCUUAUUUACAGUUUGCUCCACAAGUGCCAGUACCUCCAGGUCAACCACCCAAUCCAGUACUUAAACGUUGUAAUCAAGUUCUUGACCCGUUGACACGAGCUGUACCAGGACUAAUGGAAGCAGUAUAUCUUCUAGCUAAAGUCCGGUUUCUUAGUGGUGAUAUUGAUUCAGCACAGAAUACAUUACAACACUGUCUGGAACAAGAUUCUACAUUCUCUGAUGCUCAUAUUCUAAUGGCACAGAUUCAUCUGAACCAGAAUAAUUUUAAACUUGCCAAUCAAUCUUUAGAAGUUGGAUUAAGUUAUAACUUUCAAGUACGUGAUCAUCCUUUGUAUCAUUUGAUUAAGGCUCGUAUUCUGAAGAAACAAGGUGCUACAGCAGAGGCAGUUCAAACAUUACAACUAGCUAUGGUAUUACCUGGUGUUAAAACAAUUGGUAGAGGUAGUGCACAAGGUAAAAGAACAGCUAAUAUUAACCAGAUUAGUGUCAAUGAUAGAGUUUCAGUAUUUCUAGAAUUAGCUGAAGCUCAUAGACAACUAGGAGAACAGCAUGAAGCAGCCAAGAUUAUGCAAGAUGCAAUCAAUGAAUUUCAAGGUACUGCGGAAGAAGUAAGAAUAUCCAUAGCCAAUUCUGAUUUAGCACUGGCGAGAAAUGAUACAGAGAUGGCUUUAAAUAUGUUGAGAAACAUUACUCCUGAACAACCAUAUUUUGUACAGGCUAGAGAAAAGAUGGCUGACAUUUACUUGAACUAUAGAAAGGACAAACGGCUUUAUGCUGGAUGCUAUAGAGAAUUGGUUGAUAAAUAUCCCAGUCCACAUACUAGUCUUUUACUUGGGGAUGCCUACAUGAGUAUACAAGAGCCAGAAAAGGCCAUAGAGGUAUAUGAAGCUGCUUUACGUAAAAAUCCUAAAGAUUCUGGUCUUGCCAGUAAAAUAGGUCAAGCUCUUGUUAAAACUCAUAACUAUGGAAAGGCUAUAAGUUACUAUGAAGCAGCACUGAAAUCUGGUGGGCAGACUUUCCUCCGUCAUGACUUGGCUGAACUACUUUUACGACUGCGACAGUAUGAUAAAGCGGAAAAAGUUUUACGUAUGGCUCUAGAAUCUGAAGGACAAGAUAUGGAAACAUUGAUGGAGAAUACAAAAUACUUAAUACUACUAGCUAAAGUUUAUCAUAAACAAGAAAAGAUGCAAGAAGCACUGGAAUCUUUAACUAAUGCUAGAGAUAUGCAAGCUAGAGUGUUGAAAAGAGUUCAGAUGGAACAACCAGAUGCAUAUAUGGAGCAGAAACAGCUAGCUUCAGAUAUUUGUCGACAACUAGCCCAGUAUUCCACCAAUCAGCGAGAUUAUGAUAAAGCUAUCCGAUAUUAUAAAGAUGCACUAGUUUAUAAUGAUAAUGACAGUAAGGUGAUGUUAGAUUUGGCAGGUCUAUAUUUAGUAACAGAAGAUUUAGAUGCCUGUCAACAUCAAUGUAUGACUUUAUUAAAAACAGAUAAAGAUAAUGAUGCAGCUACUAUCAUGUUAGCGGAUUUGAUGUUUAGAAAGAAUGAAUAUGAUUCAGCUAUGUACCAUUUUCAGCAACUGUUACAGUUGAGACCAGAUAAUUAUGAAGCUUUAGCACGACUUGUUGACUUGAUGCGAAGAGCUGGUAAACUUGAGGGAGUACCCAAAUUUCUAGAACAAGCCCAAAAGUCAUCAACACGAACAUCUUUAGAAGCUGGUUAUAGUUAUUGUAAAGGUUUAUAUGAAUGGUAUACUGGUAAUCCUACAGAAGCUCUCAAGUUAUUUAAUAAAGCACGGAAAGAUUCUGACUGGGGUACUCAGGCUAUAUAUAAUAUGAUAGAAAUAUGUUUAAAUCCUGAUAAUAAUACUAUAGGUGGAGAAGUCUUUGAAUCUGUUGAAUCAGAAUACAGUAGUAGUUCUUCAGAACGUGAAAAAUUAGACAGUGAACAAAUGGCAGUACGUACAGCAGAAAGAUUACUGAAGGAAUCAAAACCUAAACCUGGUGAUAUCAGACAUAAAUUACUAGAAAAUAUGGCAUUAAUAGCAACUAAACAAAAACUAGCAGUAGAGAAAGCCUUGGCGGCUUUUAUGGACAUAGCCACAAAUGAGAGAGAUCAUGUUGGUGCUUUAUAUGGAAUGGCAGCAGCAUACAUGGUUUUAAAACAGACCCCCCGUGCUCGUAAUCAACUUAAACGUGUUGCUAAAAAUAACUGGACUAUGCAGGAUGCAGAAGAUAUAGAGAAGAGUUGGUUAUUAUUAGCUGAUAUAUAUAUUCAGUCUGGUAAAUAUGAUAUGGCAACGGAAUUAUUGAAGAAAUGUUUGCAGUAUAAUAAGGCUUGUUGUAAAGCAUAUGAAUAUUUAGGAUUUAUUAUGGAAAAAGAGCAAUCCUAUAAAGAUGCAGCUAACAGUUACGAAAAUGCCUGGAAAUAUGGCAAUAAAAAUAAUCCAGUUAUAGGUUAUAAGCUUGCAUUUAAUUAUAUGAAAGCUAAACGAUUUGUUGAUGCUAUAGAUAUUUGUCAUCAUGUUCUAGAGAGUCAUCCCAACUAUCCUAAAAUAAGAAAAGAUAUUCUAGAUAAAGCCAGAUCAAGUUUACGAAUGUGAUAAGAUAUAGACUAUAAAUAAAGAGCAUAUUUAUUUACAUAGAUUUUAUCAUAUGUCAUAUCAUACUUAUACAUUCUGCUUAUUUAUUAUUUGUUAUAUUAUUGUUGAAAUUAUAUAAAAUCAGUGGAUCAUUAACAAAAUACCAUUAAAUUUGAACUCGAUAUUGUUCAUAUUAUCUGGGGUUUUCUGUGAUAAAUGUAGAAGAAUACAUAAUUUGAUGAAAAGGUGGUUGCACUACUAGUAGUAGUACUACUACAGAGCAUUCUGCCUUUUUGUUUGAAAAUGGUAAAUCUCCUUUUAAUGAUCUUUACACGAUAACUGUAUGACAUUAAAGGUGCAUUAUGGAAGAUUUAGAUAAAGAUCUGACCGUUUUUGCUAUAUAGUUACAAAAUAGAUAAUGAAAAAUGUAUAUAUUGAGGAUGUCAGUAAAAUUACUUUAUUGUAAGCAAAGUUAUGAGUGUUUAAAGUUUUGACAAGAUAGUCUGAUUGUCAAGGACCAUUGCUUUGAUAAUAAACAAAGUUUUGAUUAUCUAUUUUAUUUAACAGUAAAUUAUAAUUAUGGCUAGGGUGUUCUAAUCAAUUUAAUAUCACGCCCAUCCAAUGUCUAGAGAGUUGAUUUUGUGAUUGUUACAUGAAGAAAUGUCUGAUUAAUAAUUUAUAUAAAAUUUGAAGCCAACUCAAAUACCUGCAGUAGUCAGAUUUAGCUCUUGAAAGUUAGUCAUAAACCUAUAAUUAAUUCACCAUAUUCAUACAUGAGAUGAGCCUUUAUCAUCACUAAAUAACUUAUCAUCACUAAAUAACUUAUCAUCACAAAAUAACUUCUUAUCAUCACUAAAUAACUCCUAUCCAUUUAUCAUCACUAAAUAACUCAUAUUCAUUUAUCAUCACUAAAUAAAUCAGUUCCCCCAUUUUCAGUGCAAAAUCAGUUAGGUGCACUGGAUUAUCAAGACAGUUUGAUAUGAAACAAGGACAGAUAGACAAUUUUUUUUUUUAGAAGAAUGUGAGCAUGGCAUGUCAACAAAGGUGAUUUAAAAGAAUCAUGUAAAAACUAAAUAAUCAUAUGAUUAGUAAUUGAGAUGAGGAUAUAAAUUGUAAUAAACCAAAACAUGCCCCUCUAAAUGGCAUUAUCAUUUAGAUUUUUUACGGCUUUAUUAGUUGGUCUAGAGAAUAUGUGCAUGACUAUUUAUAUAAGUUGCUACUUGGGUGUUCAGGCUUUGACAGAGCUGUUAAAUUAUCACUUUAGAAAUUGUCAAUGGGACAAGUUGCGGUUUCUACUGUGCAUGACUAUUUAUAUAAGUUGCUACUUGGGUGUUCAGGCUUUGACAGAGCUGUUAAAUUAUCACUUUAGAAAUUGUCAAUGGAGCAAGUUGCGGUUUCUACUCGAAACGUCAUCCUUUUUGUGUAUAGACCAGUGAUUGUUUUCCAUAUAAAUUGUGUUGUGUUUUUUUUUGUAGGUUUCUGGUUGUAUGAUAUUCAAACAAUUAUACAUUAUUUUUAAUUAUUGAUUCCCAAUCAUUUUUGGAUCAGCUAACUGGUCCCUAAUCUACUUGUUCUUCUUCUUAAGGGCGACGCUUGACAUGAAACUUGGCGCGUCUGUUCCUAGGACAAUUGCUUUUUGUUAUGAUGUCACAGUUCCAAAAUUGCUGCAAAGACGUCUUGCUCACUUCUUGGUCCAUAGUAUGCCAGAGAGCUGAUUGGAAAUAAUCUUUUUUUCCAUACAAAAAUCAACUACUCAUGAUGUCAUUUUUGUUGUUGAACACAGGAUAAUGUUUGUUGUUGAACACAGGAUAAUGUUUGUUCACAAAUGUUUGUUGUUGAACACAGGAUAAUGUUUGUUGUUGAACACAGGAUAAUGUUUGUUGUUUUUUUUCUCCACUUUUUAAAGUGAUAAACAAAAGUUCAACUGGGUCUGAAAACCCUAUUCAUGCUACAAACUCAAAAAGUUUGCAUCAUUAAAGUUAGAAUUAUAUUAAUUUAUUUCCGUCCAUAUAUGUUAUAUUUUGUAUGAACAUUAAAAUAUUUGUAUUGUAAAUAUAUGUAUUUUUAUUUUAGUUAAUUGGAUAUAUAAUAAGUAAAAUUUAUGUUGGCUAAAUGAAACUGCAUGUACAUAAUUUGUGCUAACGUUUUCGCAACUGAAGUUGGUCUUCAGGCAUUUAUUAUAACAUAUAAAGAUAAUUCACUCAGCUGGAUUACCUAGCAUCCCUCUAAAAUCUAAGGUCUAUCAUUAAGGUCUAGCGACAUGAUUGUGAUUCCUAGGAUGCAUGUUACAAGGAUUAAGGUCGAUAGGCCAACCGCAUGACUUUAUAGUUUUUCUCUCCUCCCACCUCUCUCCCACACACACACACCAAUGCUGAAAGCAAAUUAUUGAAAUAAAAUGAAACCAUAUUGAAAUGAAAUGGUUUUUGUCGAGUAGAUGUUAAUAUCUGUUUCUCUCUCUCUCUCGCAUCACUCUAAAACUUUAUCGGAAAGUGUAUUUGUUUAGAAUAGGAAAAUACAAGCCAACAGUGAGGCUGAUGUCCCCUGCCGAAAUCCCAAAAUAAAUAGAUGACACAUAUUAAUUAAUUGCACAUUAAUUUUUUCAAAAGUAUCGUGCAAUCAAACUAUACACUAAGUUAUAUCACUCUCUAUCAGAUAGAACCAAAGUUAUCUUGUCCCAAAGCAUCGACCAAUGAAAUUGAUUAGCUCUGCUUAGCUUCAGUUCGAAAUGUUAAUCAUUGAACUGAGUCAAGACAUUCACCUAAUGAAUAUCAACAUCAAGUUUAAACAUUCUACCUCAAUUAAGAGCAGAGUUUUUAUGUUCCAAGUCUUGACCAAUCAAAUUGCUUAUCGCUCCUUAACCUAAGCAGAAAAUUCUCACCAUCGAACUUAGUCAAGGUAGUGAUAUAAUGAAUCUAUAUUUGGAGUUUCAUCGCUCUCACUUCAUUAUAACCAAAGUUAUCGUGCCCCAAAGCAUCAACCAAUCAGAUUGCUUAGCAGACAAUGUUUAUCACUCUCACUUAAUUAGAACUAAAGUUAUCGUGUCCCAAAGCAUCAACCAAUCAAACUGCUUAUCUCUGCUUACCCUAAGCAGAAAAUGCUGAUCUUCGAACUCCAUCAAGGCAUUGACCUAAUAAACACCUAGCUCAAUUAGAAAAAGAUUUAUUGUGUCCCAAAAAGUGUGACGGACAGACAGAUGGACGAAACCAUUUUAAUAGUCCCCUGCUUUCUUCUAAAGGCGGGGGACAAUAAAUUUAAGAUUCUGGAUCAACCACUGAGCCUUACUUUUUAAUCUUAGCAGGGGAGGGGUGCCACAGUGGCUCAGUGAGUAAGACGUUGGCUCACUAAUUUGGAGGUCCCUUGUUCGAUCCAGGUGUUGGGCGAGAAAGUUUAUCUGGAUUUUCUGGAGAGGGACGGAGGGCCUGGCAAGGGAUAACGAAUAGUCAUUAGGUUGGGACAAAAACCUGAAGUCCCAUGUACAUAUUGGCGUGUACGAAAAGAAACCCUUGACAGUAUAACAGUAGACUGUAGUGCCGCUGUCUGGGCAACAUUUCCCUCAUAGCACACUGUAUGACGUAUGCCUGUCUUCAUUAGCACAGUUUCAUUUCAUGUCAUUUGUUAUCUUAGCUUCUGUAUUACUAGAUACCAUCAGCCCUGGUCAAUUUCUUGUCUUGCGAGAGUAAUAAAGAGAUAAACAGACGAUGUACAUCAAUAUUGUAUUUUUAUAUGUGGUCUUGUAUUGUGAUCAUCUACGUCUGUUCAUAUGUAAACACUCUAGUAUCAAGAGUUAUCAUCUAAUUUAAUGCACAAUGUUGUGUUCAUUUACGCUGAUUACUGUCAGAGUUAUAUACAGUCCUAGAUGAAUUUAUACACAGUGUUAUGUUCAGAAGAUGACAACCUAUAAAUUUUCUAUGAUAAUUUUCAAGAGUUGAAAUGAAAUGAAAUGAAAUGGGGCUUAACGUCCUACUGUUCUGCUCCUAAACUGGGCUAAUGAAGAUGGGCAUACGCCAUACAGUGUGCUAUGAGGGAAAUUUUGCCCGGGCAGCGACGCUAUGGCCUACUCUUAUAUCGAAUUCCAACUGCCAAGGGAUCUUUUACGUGCUCGCCAAUAUGUACACGAGACCUCGGUUUUUCGUCCCAUCCGAACGACUAGACAGAUGUCCUUGUCAGGCCCUCCGUCCUGCAUCACUGACAAGGGGAAACCAUUUCAAGAGUUACGGCCAUUGAAAACCUUAUGAAUGUGAUAGAUAAUCCAGUAAAUAUCGCAGACUAGUGAUAUGGAGAGAUUAUUAUUGUCUGGAUAAGUUAAUUAAUAAUUUAGAUAACAUUUCAGGCCUAAAGAAAGACCUGCAAUUGACAGAUUUAGCAUAAUGUAUGUUUAAGCAGUGGAAGGAAACCAGAGGACCCAGACAAAACCCACAAGGUUGUACUGACAACCCUACUCCUUGACACGUAAAAAGCUUGGAACCGAAACCAUUCCACAUGACUCAAUGACGGACCUUAUGAUAUAAAGCAUUUGUUAGAUAAUUCGGCCACCCAAUCCCCAAACCUGGUAGGGAAAAGCAUCUAGUUUGGAUGGGACAAAAAAUGAGGAUUGCCCAUGCACGUUUAGGUGUACACUUAAAAGAACCUUUUUAGAGUUAGAAUCCAAUGAAGAGUGUGCAGAAAUGCCACUGUCCAAGCAAAGCUUCCCUCAUACCACACUGCAUAUGCCCCACCCAUAUUUCAUUUUAAUUGAAAGCGAACAUUAAUAAUAAGUGAACACUAUAAGUGAGUUUGCUUUAAGUAUUUAUUUAUUUAUAGUCCAUAAUUGAGACUAAUUUAUAGGAUUUAAAUAUUCUGUUUGUUCAUAAUAUAUUAUUGCAUUUAAAAUAUACAGAAAGAUUAGAAAUUCUCAGCAGGAACAUCUUUACACUUCUUGGUCUUUAUCACCACAGACACAACUAAGUACUGACAUAACCUAAAACAUAAAAUGUUCACCAUAUUAGAAUAUUAUAAACAAACAGUGAGUCUGAUGUCUACCACCUGGAUUCCAAAAUAUAUAAAGUAUCUAGCAGUCAAAUGGCUUAACCAAAGGCCAAACCAGUUUAUUAUACGACAAUAUAUUAUCACGUUUCCGUAUGGCCGUAUGGAUUCGCGAUCUUUUGGAUAUAUACAAUAUUUUAAGUUUCAUCAAAAUCGGAUCAAAAUUGUCCCCUCUAGAGGGUCCAUUAUAUUGAUGGGAAUAAACACAUGCGCCAUUUAAUCUGUUAAAGCUAAAAUUGAAAAUUGUAGCAAUAACAAACGUGACUAUACUUCAAAAAUUCAUAACUUUGCACAAAAUAAAAGUAUUUUGAUGAAGUUUUUUUAUUAUAUUCAUUUUCCUUUAUGUUCAUGGCCAGCUCUUUUAUCCAAUUUUUACAUAAUGUAUCUUUAACUUACUGAGAAGAGUAUAAAUUAUUUAACUUACUGAGAAGAGUAUAAAUUAUUUAACUUACUGAGAAGAGUAUAAAUUAUUUAACUUACUGAGAAGUAUAAAUUAUUUAACUUACUGAGAAGAGUAUAAAUUAUUUAACUUACUGAGAAGAGUAUAAAUUAUUUAACUUACCUCCUUUGGUAUUUGUUGGGACAAACCAUUGCCUGUACAUGUAACAUUAAACCUUAUAUAUUCUACUUUUUCAGGUCGGCAACAAACAUUAGUACCACCAUCACAGUAGCCUUCAUUACAUAGGGCUAUAGUCAUAACUUCAGAAUUACAUUCAGAUUGUUGACUGCUACGAGAAUAUUUGUAUGUUUGUUGGAAUGGACCUU